AUGAGUUUCGCAAGAAAUUGGCUAGAGGUUCCUUGCCAUUCUCUCCUUAUUUGUCUGUCGAUCAUCUCGGCGGUAAAAGGAUGUGCUGUACUCCCAUCGGGACAAGAGAGAACUGUGAAUUUUGUGAUUACCGGCUACACUCUGCCGGUGGGCUUUACCUGGACACCACAAGUCAACGUUGCUGCACAGCUCCCUAAUAUUUUGCGUAGCGAAGCAGCAGUUAGGUCGGCCUUACAAAGCCUUGUAAUGCAGGCGGUUUUUAAUGCUUUGGAAGAACAGGGUCGUAGAGCGGGAAUAGGAGGAGCUAUACUAUCGGCAGCUUUACAACAGGUUACUGUGCAGACAACCUAUUCGCCAAUGAGAUGCUUUGUCGCAAAUAUUAAUCCAGGAAAUGCAGCACUUAUGUGUCGCCUGGCUGUCGUAGAUAAACACAAAGUCACAAUUCUGGAUGCUCUAUUAUCAGCAAACUCUACAACUGAGACGGAAUCUCGGCUUUCUACCGUAAGCAAUACUACUGAAAGCGGUCCAGUUGAAUCCGAGACAAAUAGCACAAUUGAAUUCACGACAACUAAGCCGAAAUCUAUAAUAAUGAUUCCACUCAGUCUAGAAAACGAUGAGAAUUUUGAAGACGUCAGUUUGGGUUUCAAGGACACGUUCUCCGAUUUGUCUCAGAAGUCAAAAAAAUCGAAGACAUCUAAUGUCUCUACAGUAACUGCCGCUGAAAAACCAACUAAAAAUAGUAAUAUUCCAAAGAAGGAAGUGACUGCAUCGUCAGCUCCGAAGGAAGUGCCUGUUUUAUCGAGUCCAGCGGCAGCUACGGGAAUGACAACAGCUCGACCGAUUCGAGCAGAAACCAACGACGGCAAGAUAAGAGAUACAAUUCAGAUCGCUAGAAAAAUCGUGAAUCUUUUCGUUCCAAAAAAAGCGAAUGAGCAAAGAAGGCUGAAUCUGGAGCAGGUUCUGAUGAAGGUCAGAGGAAAUCGCAAGGUUGUUUCACAUGAUAUCGGACCGCCAGGUGAUGAGAUACCGCUUCCGAUCGGAUGGAAAUUGACGCAAAUACGAUGA